CUACGAGCCACCGGAAAUGCAAUUGUGUACCAGGACGGUUUUCGAAGCCGGGAAGGACAAAGGAACAGAUAAACGAUCUCCGCUGUUUCCCGGCGGAUUCUCGUGAUCAUGCUGAAGUGAGCAUGUGCGUCAUAGAGGCCGACAGAGGCCGAUAGAGGCGUAGAGCUGUUGUGGCAAGAUGACCAUCAAGGGCUUUCACAAGCUGUUCGAUGAUGGACAGAGCUGCUGGCAGAACAAGACCGCCAAGGUACGCACACCGACUGUGGCGCCCUUGCAAACAACAGAGAAAGGGCAAACAAGGGAGGGCAUGAUCAAAACAGCAUGGUUGUGCCUGUGUGCAGGACUAUGCCGGUCAGAAGGUUGCCAUCGAUUUUAGCAUCCUGCUCUACCAGGUGAGCCGCGACGAGUCAGACCAUUCACUGGUUUCUUGUACAUAUUUGUAUCUUGCCUGCCUCAGGUGUCGACGGUUGAGUCCCACGUGCCGCCCAUGCGUACACUGCUGUUCAAGCUGUUGAAGAUCCUGGAGGCCGGCAUCAUCCCCGUGAUCGUCUUCGACGGCGCACCACCACGGCAGAAGCUGCGCACCAAGGGCGGCAGCAGCCUAUCCAACCGUGACGCCGAUAGACCGCUGGCCGCCUCGCCCCGACUCACACUCGGUGCCCCACGGCGGUCAAAUUUCCCAUCGCCACCACGCCCGCCACCCCCUCCCCCUCCCCCUCCCCCACCGCGCGCAUUCCCCGCUCGCACGUGUGGCGAAGACAGCGAUGACGACGAGUACGCAAUCGUCACCAUCGGCGGGGGGCAGACAUUGCCACCUGCCGACACACAGCACAUCGCGAGCACCCCUCCCGUGCCCCCAGGUCCGAUGACCAGCCAGCCAUCGCCAUCGCCAUCACCAUCGUCCCCCCGCUCGUUCGCGCGUGAGAGUGAGGGCGACAUCAAACGGCUGCUGGACAUGCUGGGCAUCCCGUGGGUGGCGGGGCCGGGUGAGGCCGACGCCACGUGCGCCAUCCUUGUCCAGACGGGCAAGUGCGAUGUCGCGGCGUCUGAGGACUAUGACGUCAUGGUGUUCGGUGCAUCUAGGCUCGUGAGGGGGUUGUUGCAGUUCAGCGCUGCCGAUAAGAAGCGGCGGACGUCGCAGAAGAUUGCCCGGGUGACGGGUGGCGGGGGCGGGGGCGUGACGGGGGUGCGGGAGUUUAGCCUGCCUAGUUUGUUGGCGCACCAGCAGCUCACUCGCGAGCAGCUGGUGGAUGUUUCGCUGCUCAUGGGCUGCGACUACUAUCCGGGCGUCAGCUCGCUCGGGCCCGUCAAGGCAUCGCAGCUUAUUAGGUCAGAGAAACGCAACGAAACUCCCAGGCCUUUGAAUGCAUGUGUAUAUGCGUGUAUGUAUGUGUGUGUGUGUGUUGGUUGGUUUAUACAGGCAGCAUGGGUCGAUCGAGCACCUGCCGUCUAACAUCAGGAGUCGGCUGCCCCGUCCCCGUGAGCUGUACGAGCUGCGGCAGCUGUUCCUCGCCCCACCCAACACACAGCAGCUGCGCCAGUCGUCCCGUAGCUACCACCUGGGCCCCCUGCCGGUCAGCAGCGACGCGCAGCAACAGCUGUAUAGCUUCCUGAUGGGCGAGAAACACGUAUUCAACCAGAGGGGACACUUCGGUAGGUGGGCAGGCCACAGACUCCCUCCCUCUCACCCAUCCGCACCCCCAACCGCACCGCCCAUGCCAUGGAUGCUUUCGUGUGUUCAGAGAGCGUGGUCAAUCGUAUCGAGAAGCUGGCCGAUGCGCGUCGGCAGCCCACCCAGCUGACCCUCAACUCCUUCUUCACGCCAUCCCCCAAACCCAAGCCACAGCCCGGGCAGCGGUCGGCGCGCAUGACGAUCGGACCCACCCCACACCCCACUGCCCAACCCGCGGCAGCACCACCAGCACAUGUGUUGCCGCAGAAGCGUGGGAGGGGCAACAGAGUGGAGAAGCCGCCCAGGAAGGCGGCACGAGGCGGCGAUGUGGGUGGUGCAGGUGCAGGUGGUGUGGGGAUUGUGAGGGGUGGGCGGGUAAGGGGAGGGCGACGAUAGCCGCGCCUGUAGCGUCGCAGCGUAUCGAGGUGUCCCUGCUGUCAAGCGAUGAGGACGAACCGUGAGGGCCGCUUGAUUGCAUGCAUGGAUGGAUGGAUGGAUAGAGCGUGUAGAGGAUUUGUCUAGUCUGCUGUGUGUGCAUGGCGGUUGGCGCGUGUUUGCACACGUGUUGCUGCUGACUUGGCGUUAGGUAUGUGUGCAUAUGCAUGACGGACACAGCCAAGUUCGAUCGUACAUGUACAUGUCAUGCCAUAAAUCGAUGAAGGGCUGCAAAUCGAGGCACGUCGCUGCCGGUGGUGAGCAGAUGUAUGUGUGUGGCCGGAUUUUGUCCAUUCCCCUUGUGUUAUGUGUCUGUCCGUCCAGAUGAUGUUG